CCCUCCCUAUAAAGGGGCCGGGCUCCGCUCAGCCUGCCGGUGGCUGCACUUCCUGGCAGAGGCGGAGACCGGUGGUGAGAGACGACCCCCAGCCCCCGCCCAGGUGCUGGGAUGGGGGAGGAAGAGGAGGAGAGGAGGCAGGUGCCGACUGAGGGGGGUGACCCCCCGGGUGCCCCCAGGCUGCCUGUGGGCCCCAUCACCCUGAACGUCGGCGGCAAAUUUUACAGCACCACGCUGGAGACCUUGACCCGCUUCCCCGACUCCAUGUUGGGGGCCAUGUUCCGGGGCCCCCGGCCGGCCCACACCGACCGGCGGGGCCACUACUUCAUCGACCGCGACGGCAAAGCCUUCCGGCACAUCCUCAACUUCCUGCGGCUGGGCCGCCUGGACCUGCCCGAGGGCUACUCGGAGCUGGCCCUGCUGCGGGCUGAGGCGGACUUCUACCAGAUCCGGCCCCUGCUGGCCGAGCUGGCCCGGCUGGUGGCCGAGCGCCGGCAGCGCCGGGCCAACGCCGUGCUCCACGCCGACGUCGACUGCCAGGAGCGGCUGCUGCACUUCACUGUCCGGUGCGGGCCGCAGAAUUACGGCCUCAGCACCUGCCCGCUCCGCGUCUUCACCGCCAACAUCUUCUGCACCGACGGGCAAUUCUUGGAGCUGCUGGGCGGCCGGCUGGGCCGAGCUGGAGACGCCGGGGGAGCUGGUCGCCAGCUGAGCGAUCUUGCCAAUGCUGAAUCCAACCACCGGCUGGGCAUGGCCGGGGAUGGGGAGUCUGUUGCCGCCCGAGAGGAGGGAUCUGCUCACCCAUCCGUCUCUACGGAGGAGGGGGAAGCCCGGAGCCGGCACCACCUGCGUCUGGAGUGGGCCCCGCGGCCCCUGGAGCUGCCUGAGGUGGAGUACGCCAAGCAGAAAGUGCGCCCUCUCCAGAUGGCGUCACCGGAUGGGCGGGAGGUCCUCACGGCGGCGGAGUUCCUGGAGGAGGUGCUGAAGACAGCCCUGGACCAAGGCUUCCGGGUGGAUUCGGUCUUCCCUGACCCGGAGGACAUCCUCAACUCGCGUUCGCUGCGCUUUGUCCGCCACUGACCACAUGGAGGGGGCAGAAGAACCAGCUGGGGUACAAGGGACGGGGGGGGGGCUGCUCUCACCUGACCACAGUGGUGAACGCUGAACCGAUUCUCUGCCUCCCAAUGGGUCCUGCGUCUCCGUUGCUGCCCUGGGUUUUGGGGAGCGGAGCCCAGCCGGGGUCCUGACCCACUUCCCCCACAGCUGGGAAAUGAAGACCCUGGGAUCGGAACCAGCCCCCCGACCGGCGGGGGGUGGGUCACAAGGGACUUCCAGCUGCCCCGCCCAGAGCUUGAGCUGCUGCUUGUGGGGGGCAAGGAGGGGAGGGUGGUGACCUUUUGGGGUGACUUAUUGAUUAAUGCCUGUAUCUGCACUUUAAGGUUAUGUUGCUAUUGUAUGUUUCAUUCCCCACCCCCAUGGCCCUACCUCCCCCCCCCCCCUGCAUGUAUGGGGGCAGCUGGGAGCCGGACUCCUGGGUUCUCUCCCUGGCUCUGCAAGGGGAGUGGGGGUUAGGGGGUUAGAGGAGGGGGGGCUGGGAGCCAGGAUUGCACCUUUUAGCGUUUCAGAGAUCUGUUGGGUAGCGUGGAGAGGGAAGGGGUAGGCCGCCGCUGGGCCCCCCUCCCCCCACAAAAAAACCCACCCAUCUCUGGCAAAGCCAAGUCGCCUGUGUCCGGUGUGGGACUUGGCUAUGGCUGUCUCUGUAAGAGGGUGGGACUUUCCCCGGCCGGGGGCAAGGCCUAGGAGCUUGGGGAAUUGCAAGUGGGGACCCAGGAAGGGCCCUCGUGCGAGCGGGAGAUCUUGGCACGAGUCAUCUGCCCCUCGUGUAUUUGCACGGACCUGGCUCCCUGGUGCAUUUGCAGACCCCCACUGAGUGGGUCUGUGCCCAUGGGGCCUCCGUCCGUUUGAACGAGUGGCUUUGCACCCACAUCUAGCGGUGUGGGGCCAAAGGGCUUGGGGCUGCUGAGUGCCCGCUAACGUGGGGGCCGGGCCCCUUUGCACACGUGUCUGUAACCUCUAUCCGUGCAAAGUUGCGUGGAACAAAGCAAUGUCCUGAAGGCGGUGGUGUGGGAGUUGGCUUUUUUCUGG